CCUGGCCAGCCUGGUGGGUGAGGGUGACCUAGUCCUGUGGGACCAGCAGCUGGCUGCCGCCCCAGCCAGAGGGAUAGGGUGACCAUGGUGACACCGUGGUGCUUUCAUCAAAGAGCAUAUUAACAAGUUCUCAUGUUUAUCUUUCUCAUCACAGCGUGUCCAGUGAGAGCGAUACCUGCUGGCGGCACACCUGUGGCCCUGCCUACACAGGGCUGCACAGCCAUAUGGUAUUUAAUGUGAUAAGGCAGAACCAGGACUUUAGUUAACAUGAAGAUGGAGGACUAUGAAGUAUUCUGUAAGAAGCAUCUUUCCAGAAUCCAAGAAGAGGCAAUAAAAAGAGAAAUAUCUUUCACUGUUCCACACAAAAAUAUCUCCCUCAUUCAAUUCCAUGGAGUACCUGUGCUUGCCCCUCUGCUUAGCCUUGAAAAGAAAAAGGAAAUACAGCAAUAUAAACAGAAAGCACUGGACCUAGAGACCUGGAGACAGAACUGCCGGAAAAGAGCUUUAUUGGAUCGUGUUCAGGAGAUUCUAGAAAAUGUGCAGAUCAGGAAAGGACCUGGUGUGGGUGAUGUGAAGGCACAGGAGGCUGAGAAUACUUGCCCUGAUUCAGAUUCAAAAGCUUCAAUUGACUUUGCGCCUCUAUCAGAUGUCAAUUUUUCCUGUUCUCCUGAAAGGCACGGUUCCACAGAGCUUGAAAAGACACCAGAACUUACGCCAUCAGAUACUACUGGGCAGGUGACAUCAAAUGUGACAGAAGUAGUUAAAGCAGCAGAAGAAAAUGUUUUUUCAAAGCAAAGUGACAGUUGCUUCUCAAAAGAUAUACCUUGUCCAAGGGCUGCAUCUCCUGACCAUGUGAAUAAUAAGCUUGCGUCACAUGCUUUGCAAAAGCAACAGGGACUAGGAGGGUCGCCAUCAGACGAGGAAGUCCAAGAUCCAUAUGUAAUGAGUCUUCAGAACCUGAUGAAGAAAUCUAGAGAGUACAUAGAGAAAGAGCAAACCAAGCGUAGCUCAAAAAGUAAUUCAAAGAGGAGUAUGAAUGAAAGUCAUUCAGAUAAAGAAAAUGAUGGUGUUAAAACAUCUGACUCUGUGAAAGAAAGAACAAAGCCUACAGGCAGAGGUUGCACUGCUCUGACACUUGAUAAACCCAGUCUUAAUAAAUCGAAUGCCCUUCUCCAGGGUGCCUCUACUCAUACAAAUAACACAAGUAUGUCCACUUUUUCCAGUUUUUCUAAAGUGGACAUACCUACAAGAGUUGGAACACCCCCACUGGUGGAUUCGGAUUCAGAUGAAGAGUUUAAAAAGACUUCUAUGUUUGAUCGUGACAGUAGCAUUGUCAGGAGCCUCACAGGCUCUUAUGCCAAAUUGCCGAGCCCAGAGCCAAGCAUGAGCCCUAAAAUGCACCGAAGGCGCCCAAGACCUUUAUCAAUGGGACAUAUCAUUAUAAAUAACCCUGUGAAUGCCUACGAGUUAAGUCCUAAAGGCAAGGGUAGAGCGAUGGAUUUAAUCAUGCAAGAUAUUGCAGAUAAAAAUAAUGUGUCUGAAUCGGUGCCAAAGUUCAUGGUGGACUUCACUAUGAUUUGCCCUAGCAGAGUUCCUGGUGUCAACAGGAAUUCUUCAGGCCCUUGUGAUGGGUUGGGCGUUGGCAAACCGAAUCGCCAUUCCUUUGGGCACUUGGAAAGCAAAGGAACGUUGUCAGCUACAGUGGAGGGACAGGUAGUGAUGGACAGCAGAGGACCAUAUAAAGUGGAGACUAGUACUAAUAUUGUAGCUCCAAAGUUGAAUGAGCCAUUUGCCAGCAGUCAGUCCACAGUAACACAGAAGCUUCUAGCUGUGAAUGAAACCAAACCGUCCACUCUGCUAGAAAAUGCUAAAUGUAACUCCCCAGUGGAACUCAAUAAAUCUUAUGAUGUAGAAAACCCAUCCCCGCUACUGAUGCAGAGCAAGACUAUGCGACAGCAGAUGGACACUCCAAGUGUUUCCCCAGCAAACGAGCAGUUUCUAGAAAAUAAUUUUGAAAAGGUAAAACGUAGACUUGAUUUAGACACCGACAACUGCCAAAAAGAAAACGGUCCCUGCAUUCUAACAGUUGGAAUGGAAGAACAAGAGAAGCAGUGGUUGCAAGAACAGAAAUACCCUGGGGGAUCAGUUUACAUUACCAAGAAUGCAGCCUCUGAUGCUAUGGGAAAAGAUGAUAUUUUAAAAACUAAAAUGUUGGCCUUUGAAGAAAUGAGGAAGAGACUUGAAGAACAGCAUGCACAACAACUGUCGAUUCUGAUAGCUGAACAAGAGAAAGAACAGGAGAAAUUGCAGAAGGAACUGGAAGAGCAGGAGAGAAAGCUGACAGGAAAGAAGGUUGCUACAACAGAAAUAGAAAUUUCCAAAGUGAAUAUUAACAGUAGAAUGGAGUUGGAGUGGAGGAAAAAAAGUGAAAGUGGCUUGCUGGAAAGUGUGCAGUCCCAGCUGAAGACAGUCCAUAAUGCAAACUCAACCAGCAUUGGUUUUGCUCAUGCUACAACGCCUAACGCCUUUGCUUCCACAAGUGAAACUUCCUUCUUUCUCUGGGGUCCAUCAGGUAGUGGAGUUAUAAAAACUUCAGUGUCUAGGCCAAGUAACAGGAUCAAAACUAGGUGGACUCAGGUCUUCAGUCCAGAGAUACAAAUGAAGUUUGAUAAGAUCACUGCUGUGGCAAAAGGGUUUCUCACUCGUAGACUUUUGCAGACAGAAAAACUGAAACAUCUUAAGCAAACUGUAAAAGAUACUAUGGAGUUCAUUAAAAAUUUUCAGUCUGAAGCUCCGUUAAAAAGAGGAAGUGUUUCAGCACAAGAUGCAUCCCUUCAUGAAAGAGUAAUGGCUCAGCUGCGAGCUGCUCUGUAUGACAUUUAUGACAUCUUCUUUACGAUGGAGGCAUCAGAAAGAAUGAAUAUUCUGCGUCAUGAUCGUGAAGUUCGUAAAGAGAAGAUGCUCAGGCAAAUGGAUAAAGUAAAGAGCCCAAGAGAGAGAGCAACACUUUCAACAGCUACACAGAAGUCUCUGGACAGGAAAAAGUACAUGAAGGCUUCAGAAAUGGGAAUGCCCAGUAAAAAAAUAAUCAUAAAACAAAAAUCUCCUGAAAGCCGUGUACUUCAACCAAAUCAAGGACAGAAUGCCCCAGUUCAUAGACUGCUAUGCCGACAAGGAACCCCUAAGACCUCAAUGAAGGGGGUUGAGCAAAAUAGAAAGAAGGCCUCAGAGAGCAGAGUGUCUAACAAAGCUGUUUCAGCAUCAGGCAUCCAAUUAAAGCAUUCUUUCUCAACUCUUCUGUGUUGGCAGUCUGUGCUGCUCUUGUUAGGAGCAUAUGCAGGAAGAACCCAAAGAAAGAAGCCAAAUGUUGUGACAAUUUAAGACGACAGCACUCGCUGGGAUAAAAUGGCUGUUUUUUAAUGAUGGCAUUCUCAGUACUGAUUCAAAUACAUAUGCGUAUAGAAGAUGCAGUAUAUUUAGAAAUUAUAAACGUUGUCAUUUCCAGACAAUGACACAAUAAUACUGAUAAUACAAUAUAAUACAAUAUAAUACAAUUAUAUUGAAGUAAUAAAGGGCUUUGAAGCUCUAAGACUUGUGGAAAAAUUGCAUGUUAAAACUUACUAUAUAUUCAUACUACUGUGUAUACAUAAGAUUCAUAAUCUUGUUUAUUUAAAGACCACCACAGGGCACUAUUAAGUUGACUUUUUCACUUGCUCUUAUCCUUGUGUCUGACAUAUGCUUUUUGCAUUACUUAGAAUUGCAACUUCUGUGUAUGAUUGCCACCAUAAGUUGUGUGUAUAUAUUUUUGGUUUCAUACCAUAAAGUUAAAGCAGUUAAAUAAGGGGGGGGGGGGGGGGGGGGGGGGAACCCACCUUAAUUCAAACAAAACCAAGCUCCUACAUCAGUGAAAUUUGUCAGCAGCCUUUUUGAAUGUACUUUCUGUAUGAAUGAGAUUUACCUCAGUAAAAGGACUAAUGGCCAAAAUGUUUUGCGUUUCUGACUUGGACAGAGGUGGAUCCAGAUCAGCUGCUGGGCAGACAGACGAACUGAAACUGCAUGUCUGUGCUGUGGUAGAUCAAACCACUGUGCUGAAAGAGUCCUAGGAUAUUUUUUUUCCUUGCUGUUUACUACAUUUUCCUAGGGAAAUAACUUUUGGCCAAUAUGAGGAGAAGUGUACGUACUACAAAAAAUUCUGAAGGCAAGAUUUUAAUUGUUUUACCAUUUUAGACUUACAAAUGAUUGUCCAUAAUAAUAAUUCAGAUCUUACGUUUCAUUGAUGGCAGUUGCAGUUUUUCUGAGCAGUUUCUUUUCUACUGUGAUCCAACAGGCUCUUAUACUGAAACCAUGAUUUUGGGGGGAAUCCCUACCAAAUCCCAACAAACACACUCUCGUAUUUAUGAAACUCAUAACAUUAGAAGGUCAUGCUCUUAUUUUACCUUAGUCUUCCUAGUGAUGGAUAUUAUCCUUCAAGUUGAGGGGAGCAGAAUUCUGUAACUUACUGUAAUGAACUUGGGACAUGAUGUUAACAUUCAGAGUCCAAGAGAGAAAAGCUUGGCUGUAAGUCUUCACAGUGCUUACUCUUUUGUUCAGUAACAGUAGUAGUAGAGAACUGACAAUGGGAAUGUGAAAUGGGUUAUGUUUUAUUACUUCCCCAGUAUGGGUACAAUGCAGCACCCUAACUUUGGAGGCUUUGUAACAUGUUGACAUGGUUAUAAGAGAAGACUGACUGAAAAUUUGGUUGUGUUAAACAGUCGGCAUGGAAGAGAGACAUGAAUGGUGGGAUGAGGAGAGUCUUCAUUGGCAGUGAUGCAUGAGUUGGUUUGCUUGUGGCAUUAGUUGGGGCUUUUAUGUCCCCCCAAGUCUGUCCUCUGCAGCUAGUGACAUCAGUAAGUUACCCAAAUUGCAUACUUGGGGAAAUGGCAGAAUUGCUGCCAGAACACUUUGAAGAAUGACACUGCUCGGUGGCUCUUUACCAUGGUGUUUCUUUGAAAGUUUAGGUGGCGGGUGUGUGUGUGUUCCUCUAACGGUGUACAUUUAGGAGUUUACACCAGGUGGAGGGCCUGCCUCUCAAACAAACACUGUGGUUCUCUGAAAUUUCAGACAUAAUACAGAAAAUGCCCGAGGCAAGCUUCCUACUCACCCAGUAUGGCUUCCCGGCUUUCCUUAGGAGUAGAAAACACCUCAAGAGGAGGAAAAAAUUUGGAGUAACCUGUGUCACAGGUGACAAAACGUGCUGUUGAUAUACCCGUGCUAAAGAUCGAUGUUUUCCAAGGAUGUUUUAUGUGCUGUAUUUAUUAUUAGCAUAGGCAAGGUGUCGAUGUCGGGAUAGGUUUAGCUGAAGCGCUAGUGCAGUGGCUGCCCACCUGCGGCUGUCACGUCAACCCCUUUUGCUUUAAGCAUGCCUCCACUACCUGUAAUAAAACAUCGUAGCACAGUUUUUUUUAACUUUCAUGAGGCCUUUCUCUUGACAAGUGCCAGAUUUUGGGUUUGUACUUGAUGUUUUGUAUUUAUACCUAUUUAAUUUAAUCUUUUUAUUUCGCGUGGAGUUGUGAUAUCGUUAUAAAAGUGUAUUUAUUUUUGUACUUUUAUUUCAUUUUCACCAGUCUUGCUUUUUACUCAAAACAUACUGCAUAAUAAACGUUAAAUCUUUAAAAAAGA